AUGAGUAGUAAAGGUGGCGGCUUGAAUCAUAAUGAGCCGAAUACAGUGACAGUAUCUGUUUUGGGAUUAAGUGGAAACGAGUUUAUGAAGGGUUCUGUUGGCGUUGGUAAAUCAUUGCUCUGUAACCGCUUCGUCCGAGGCCAAUUUGAUGAGUUUUAUCCAGAACAUUCGUCUGUAUUGUCACAGUCAGAUUUUUGUGGCUCACCAGUUAUUAACAAUGAUCAUUGGCUUUAUUGGGGUGAAGCGCUAGUUAACAAUGAAGAUCUUCACAGUUGUGUGGAAGUCAGAGUUAUUGAACAAACUGAGUUCAUCGAUGAUGAAAAUUUUGAGCCUUUUGAUGGGCUUGAGUUGUAUAGUCAACGAGCAACAAAACUAAGACUGGAAAGUAACAAACAUCUCAUGUAUCUUUAUUUUAUGGAAGCCGAAUACAAAGAGAAGACUUUGUCAGACGGUCGUAUUACAGUAGAUGGCUUCAUCUUUGUUUAUGACAUUUCCUACGUUGAUAACCGUCCAUUUGAGAAGCAGUCAGAUUUUGCCUUGGAGGUUUUAAUGGCUGCUGCAAAAACAAAACGCCCCAUUGUAAUUGCUGCAUCCAAAACAGACGUCGCUGAUGACAACGGUCGUAAAGCUUUACAAAAACUCAUUACAAGAAAAGAAUUGCGCUCCGUAAUUUUACAAGUGGUACUUUUUUCCUUUUUUAUUAGUAAUUGCGAAAAACCAGCCAAGGCACAGAAAAUAAAGGAACAAGAGAUUUGGUUAUUACUACAUUUUUUUAGUGAUUCAUAUGUUUCUUUACUGAAGAAGUUAAUGCCUAUUGAUUGUUGGCCUACAUCGCGACCGACUUGGAAGAAACUUUUAAGUCGCUUUGGAUUAGGGAUGCAUGUAGAGUACGAGAAUUUUGUCUACGUUUUUGGCAUUAAAAAGGCGAAAGAGUAUUAUCAAAUACAUGUGGAAGAAGCAAAACAUUUUUGGAUUCAGCGGAGGUCUACAUUUCACGGCAUUAUUCCUAUUAGCUUAUAUUUUGCAGAAGUUGUUAGCCUUUUCAUGUUUACAAUAGAAUUUGGAAAAGAGUUUGCUUUAUAA